UUACAGCAAUCAAACCAAGAUACAACUUGCAGAAUGUGUGAACAAACCCAAGAAUCCACGACCCACAUCAUGUGCGGGUGCGCAACAACGGCCCAAAGCUUAUAUAAGUCACGACAUGAUAAAAUGCUAAGACCAUAUUAUCACUACCUACUCUAUAAAUAUGGAUUUGAAAACAAUGACCAUACAAGACCUUGGUAUGAACAGAGCCCACCCGUGGCAGUAGUCGAGAACGAAAGAGCAAAGAUUAUGUGGGAUAUAGAGUUCCAUCUACCGAGAGCACCUCAAAACCAUGCUAACAAAAUAGACAUGGCAAUUAAUGACAAGAAAAGGCAAGUGUGGCUGCUGUUAGAGGGAACAGUCUGCGCUGUUGGCAAGAUAAAGGAAAGAAGUACUUUAAAGCAAGACAAAUACCGUGAACUGCGAAGUGGGAUCAAACAAMUGUAUCCCAAACAUCAGAUUACUCAAGUGAACAUAGUGUUUGAUUUCCUAAGUAACUACCAUCACAACCUUAAAACAGAGAUCAUCGAAAACAUCACAGCAAGUCAAGAAGAGGCACACUAUUUAUUACUUAAAAGUCAGAAGUGGAUAAUCUCACAAAAUGCCGAAAUCGUUAAGAAUUUCUAUACUUAUGUACACGAAUAAAAAUGUAGCGGGUUUAAGGAUAGGAAUAAAGACUGAGCGAGACAUUUAAAAACAGCUUAGCCAAGGCUACUCGCCCGCAAAGUUGUCAAUUUUCAAAAAGAAAUUCA